AUGGCGGCGAUGCUCCCAUGCAACUGGGCGGCCAGCAGCGAGGACGACUGCACCGCCGCUGUUGCCAGGGGCUUCAACUGCACGUGGGACGCGGGAACGGCCGAGUGCCUGCCUGCUGCGGUGGCUGCCAUGAGCGAGGCCGAGGCCUACCGGAGUUAUGUCAGCGCCUGUGGCACCCCCGGGGACGAGAACUUGACAGCCAGCGUCUGCGCGGCCUACGGCCCCUCCUGUCAGUGGCUGGCGGAGGGCGGCUGCACCCACACGCCCGUGGCGACCCUCAUCGCCGCGUUUGGCCUGGACGCCUCCACCAGCCCCGUCAUCGCCGCACAGGCCGCGUGCUCGGCGGGCAACGCCACCGCCGACGCGUGCGCCGCGGCCGGCGGCGGCGCCUCGGUAUUCGUCCCGGCGUCGCUGCUGCUGGCGGCAAAGAACGGGAGCCUAGCCCUGACCAGCCUCAUCACAAACCUGACAGAUCCGCUCCCAUGCGUCACCCCUGUGGCGGCGAACACCUCCACACAUACCGGCGGCGCGCGCGGCCUCGCGCCUGCCGCGAACGUCGCGUUUGCCGUGCUGUUGCUGGUGGCGCUUCUGCUUUGA